ACUGUUUCCACAGCCUGGCCGCCUCAAGUAUCGCGAUUUGAUCAUCGGAUUCCACCGCCACAUAAUGUCCGCAUCAUCAAGUUAACCGCAUAAUCGAAAUCGCAUUAUUGUCCUCUUUCAUUUUAUGUACUUUGCGAUCCUGCAUCUGCGUCGUGCACCCCAGAUUCGCCGCACGCGACGCCGUUGCUAAGCACGCCCACCAGCCCCCGUCCGCCCUCAUCUCACCAUCAACCAGCAUCCACCCCAAUGCCCGACAUCGACCCGGCGGCCCUCAGCCGCCCGGCUGUCGGCGUCUCGACGCCGGUGUUAUCAUCUAAAACCCUCUCCGGAUCGUUUUCAAGCGCCACCAAGCCAGUCAAGUCAAGCCAGAUCCCGGCGCGUAUCGACCUCGAACCCUUAUAUACAGAACUCAAAGCAGCCGUUGGAUUAGAACAAUGGCUGAUAUACAAGGAGGCAACGACCGAAUUCCUCGUUGGCCGCCUUAACCAAGUCGAAUAUUAUAACCGUAUAGACCCCAUCUUGGGCGGCCCAAACGCUGAAAAGGACCAUCUACAUAAUCAACUUAUUGCUGCCAUCUAUGGGAAUGUCACACGAGAGAUGCCAGAUCAAGGUCUCGCGACCUGGGUUAGCACUAAUGAUAAACCCUCCGCAUCUGGUGCCAGCAAGCCUAUUUCUGGUGAUGCUGCAGAGCGCAGACUUAAGGGUGAAGUCAUGCAGCUGCCAUCCAAAGACAGAAGGCGAAUCAAGGACCUUGUACAAAACGAUAUUGACCCUCACGAAGGCAUAGUGAACGCGUUUACCGAUCUCAGACGACGCACUGGAUCGACCCAAGACGUUCCGCCAUCCAGCGCAGGAGCAAUCAAUAACAUGAACUUGGAUUUGGAAAUCCGCAAGCGAUUUGCCUUGUCGCUGAGUGUGGAAUCUGGCGAGUUCCCAGACGUAAAUACCAUUACCAGCCGUACCCUGCCAUUCUGCUAUGAAGCAGGUCUGACAAGCGGUCACACCCCAGACGCUGCUGUGCUUGUGUCUGUUGCUGCCGAUACCUUUAUCAAAGAAGUCUUGACCCAAAUCUUUGCCAGAACAAGGAGCAAUGGGCCUGGUGACAGCGGCAGUGCCGGCUACGGGGUUGGCACAAACUGGAUACAAACACACAAGUAUAAGAAGCAAUUACAUGAAGAAGAAGAGGCCGCGCAUAGAGGAGAGAUCAGCCGCGAUAAGGCCGGGUUGCUCCCCAUCGAGGCGAAGGCUGCCAGCGAACGUGGGCCGCUUGGGAUGGCCGAUAUGCGGAUUGCUUUGGAGAUGGCAGAUACUGGCAUGUCCCAGUUCCCCAUUGUGACAACGCAAGUCUUGUCAGGUUUCCGAGAUGGCGAGCUCGAGCACUGGAACGACUACACGUGGCUGGAUAACGAAGAACCGAAGAGCGAUGGCGAGCCACUCAUCACCAACGGGAUCGCCCAGAAUACUCUUCCUAAUGUGAAGAGUGACGAAAUGGACGUUGAUACCGAAAUGGUUUGGGAGGGAGCAGAAACUGGCGACAUGGACAUGCUCGACGGCAUGCUGGAUUCAUGUCUCGCCGUUGCAUGAUGACCAAUUUCCAUUUCCCUGUCGUUACAGCGCCUACAAAACGGUCCUUGGGGCGAGCUGCGUACCAGCAGACUCUAUUGUAUACUCUCCCCCAACAAGCGAUCGAUUGAUUCUUAUUUCUUGUUUACAGCAAGCGCUGCGUUGCUACGCAUUUCCUUUGUUUUCGAGCUCGUGGCAACGCUUGUAUGACGCGCGGAGUUUGUCAUUUAUGGUUGGCGUUUCGUUUCCUUUCCUGCCUGUACUUAUCUCUGUCACCUGCGAGCUUGUUUUAUUUUUUAUUUUAUUUUUCUGAUUUUGGAUUUUGGGAGGAGAAGAUGCCUUCCUGCUCUUUAGAGAAAGAAAAGGAAGCAGGCAAGGCGUGUACUUAUAUAUAUACGUGGAUGUAGAGCGGGGGAUGGCCCAGUUGAAUAGACUGGCAGUCAGCACCGCCAAUAGGAUGAUUUACUAGAGCCCGUUCAUUGAAUCCGUUAGACAAUUGUUCCUUUUUCUUAUUUUAUAACUGUGUAGCGUCUUGGUCUCCCGUUCAUUAUAUUUGUGGAUUGACCGUUCCAACAAUGCAGGGUGUUCCCCCGGUCGUGUAAUUUCCCCCAGCUCAAUCCAUCGUGCUUGCGCUCUCUGCUAAAGGCGCCGUCGUCUGAGAUUACGCGUAGCUUGAUUUCACGGGCCGCAACUCCAAUACGAACAUGCCUGAGCAUCGUCGUCUC